GGAUUGAACAAUAUAUUUUGGACCCUGGGCACGGGCCUGGGCAUCUGCAAAGCCUGGAAAGGUAAAGAUAGCAUGGUAAUUUCACUGAUUACAAGACAAUCGGUUAGGGUCUUAUGGAGACUUAAAGUAGGCCUAGGCCUAAAUUGUAUUUCAAACAGUACUACUAGCCCUAGACAGAUACAUAACAAAAUGAGGCUAAUUCAGUUCACUUGGAUGGAUGAAAACCAGAGAUUAGGAAUUGAUUUGCAGAAUGGUGGCGAUGUCGUGGACUUGUCGGCGAGUGGGGAGCUGUUGGCUACCGACAUGGUCCAGUUUAUUAAAGGUGGUCAGCGAAAUUUAGACCUGGCUAAAGAGAUUUUGGCAUCCGGUCAACAUGUAGUAAAACGUGAUCAAGUUCAUCUUCUAUCACCAAUCACGAAUACUGAAAAAGUGCUAUGUAUUGGUAUGAAUUACAUAGACCACUGUACAGAGCAGAAUGUACCAGUUCCGACUGAGCCAAUCAUUUUCAAUAAGUUUUCCAGUUGUAUUGUUGGGCCAACGGAUAAUGUGGUUUAUCCAGAUUUGACUGAGCAAUUAGACUGGGAGGUUGAACUAACAAUCGUCAUAGGAAAAAGCUGUAAAAAUGUCAAGGAAUCCGAGGCUCUGGAUUGUGUGUUUGGUUACACUGUAGCGCAUGAUGUAAGUGCUCGAGACUGGCAGAUGAACAAAAAUAUAUAUAUUUGGCUUUCAAACAAAAAACUUUUCUUGUAUGCCAGGUUUAUGACGCUAAGCCCCGGUGACCUGAUUCUGACAGGUACGCCACCUGGCGUUGGUGUAUUCAAGAAACCCCAGCCAAUAUUUCUCAAGAGAGGUGAUGUUGUUGAAUGCGAAAUUGAUGAAAUUGGAACUAUAACAAACAAAAUUGUUUAAGAUUGUAUUUUUUUAUAUUAAGCUUUUUUUUUUUUAUUAAAAAAGGUUCUAGUAUAAGUCCGCAGUUUCCCUAAUUAUUCAAUGAUUUCAAUCAAGUUUUAUUUACUAGUAUAUAUUUAAGUUUUGAAAAAAAAAUACAAAAUUUAGGUUAAAGGUCAAUAGACUACAUAAUAUUUAACAUUUGUUAUUAAUAGUUCAUCAGAUAAAAACUUCUCUUAAUACAAACGACUUGAGUACUUUUCAGUGACAUUUAGCAUUAAAGAAACCGUCUUAAAUUGAGUUCUGUAUAAUUUCUGCAAUAGUGUCAAUGGAUUAUCUUGAUCCACAGUAAUCGCCUGUAUUCAAAUAAGUAAUCUCUUGGAUGACCAUCCUAAUUCUUGAACACUAUAAUUAGCGCCCUCAUGUGACGUCAACGUCGGUUUGUAAAUAAUUGAUGACAAUGUGGCUAUCCUGCCUCACAAACAAUCACAGUUCAGGAGCUUAUGAUGUUUAUUAUUUAGAGGCAUAGAAGGAUGAUGUAAUCAUUUUUAUAUAUACUGUAUUUAAUUUUACCAUUUUCUAAAUAUAGCACACAUACUUGGGUGUAACAAUAUGAGUGUGGGUCUGGGGACCUCUCCAGCCCCAAGAAUUUUUGGGGGUUUUCAAAAGAUGGUAGGCCUAAUGAUGUAUUUUUAAACUUUAAUCAUUUGUUAUCUAUUCGUGAUUGCAAUAAAUUUGAGUUGAGUAUAUAAUAUCUGCGUGUGUGAAAAAAAAAAACUUACCCCAAUUGGGAGUGGCCAAUCCCUGAUAUUUUGGUCUAAAAAACACUCCCAGAACCAUUGUCGCUGUCGGUAAAUUUCUGGAGCGACCACUGAUCCUACCAGAAACCAUUUAUAGGCAUUUUCCUGGGUGAAGAGACAAAUUUAAUAAAGGUUGUUUUGUUUUAAAGGGUAAUGGUCACAUGCGAUUUGCAUGCAAAUCUCAAAUUCAUAUUUUUUUUGGUGUGAAACUCCAUAAAAUUUACAGUACACCAAAAGUGAUUUCCUCACCCAAUGACAGACAACUAAAUAAGACCACUCUUAAAUUGAUGCGUAAUAGAUUACAGGGGGACUAAGAUCUGUAAAUCAUUAACAAAUUGAUUUGUUUGUUUUUUUUUUUAUCUUUAAAGUGAACAUAAUAAUGUUUUAAUUAAUGUUUCAAGAUUUGACAGACGGUGUUUCUAUUAUUGCAGUAGUUGUUAUUACGUUUGAUAUGCAUUAAACGUAAAAUGACAUAACUAAGCAUAGAACUCAAAGAGUAAAUCUAUUUACACAUACGGUAGUGUAUGAAUAAUUGCCUUUUUAUGAUGAACUUUUCUUUCUUUUAGUUUUUGAACCAUUAAAUGAUAGAAUAAAUAAA